AUGAGAGGAAUAAAAAGAAAGUUCUAUAUAGAAGAUAUAGAUGACUAUCAAACAUACAGUAGUUUGAAGCAAUUAUAUAAAGAUGACUUGAUUGAAAUAUGUCAAGUGUUAGAGAUCGCAAUCAAUCAAGAUGAUAAUAAACCAUACAUCUUAGAUCAAAUACUUAAUCAUUAUAAUAGUAAUAAUAAUAAUAAUAAUAAUAAUAAUAGUCAAAAAGAUGAUGAUAAUAUAGAACAACAACAAGAUAACAUUAAUAGAAUAUAUACAGAGCAAGAGUUACGUAUUAAUAAACAAAAAGUCAUUACAAUAUGUAAUGAUUUAAAGAUAGAAGUGGCACCAUCAUCGUUGAGUGGUGGAUACUCGUUACCUUGGUCAAUCAUUGCGAGUAUUCUCACUCGUGCUUGGAAUGAUGCAAAGUAUUGUACUUGUAUCUAUCCUCAAGAGUUUCAAGACCUACAAAGAAAAUUUAAUCAACUAAAUACAAGGGAACCGUAUUCAUUCAAUUUUCUGGGUAAACAAUUCAACUCUAAAAUCGGUCAGUUCAUCGAACAAGUCAAAUCCAACAAUCAACACUGCCCACAACAUGCAAUGUACUAUAGAGAUGAUUCGUUAUAUCAUCCUUGGGCUCACUACAGUAUGUUUGGAGUAGCUAUAGAAGAAACACAAUGGAAGCAGACGAUGCCGACCAUCUCCAAAAAGGUAUUCCAUCAUCUCUCAACUACAAUACCUCGUACUUUUGCUCUUCCUUGGGGAGGAAAAUUCAAAGCAGCUGAAAGAGCAGAGUAUGAAACAUCAAUAUGGAGUCAUAUCAGUAAUGAAUACAAUGGAAUCAAAAUUGCAAAUAGAAUCUGUGUUCUAUCAUCCAAUCAAGUGUAUCUUGAUGCGCCGCCUUGGUUUACAAAGUCAAUUGAACACGUUACACUUGAUUCAUUACCACCUAGACCACUUUUGAAUAACCUUUCAAAACUCGUCCAUCUCAAAUCAAUUGUCUAUUUUGGAGACCAAUACCCAAACAUCGGUCCACUAAAGAAUCUCACCUCAAUCACUAUGGAAUUACUCAGAGAAGGUCUCGAGGAACUAGUCGACUCUUUGGAUCGUCCAAUGAAAAGGCUACUCCUACCUCAAGAUCCAUCAGUCAUUUUAAAGGCAAAAGAUAUUGUACUAGAAUCAUUACAAGUUAUCUGUUUGGAUGACAAAUUAUACAUGUUGUUAUUCCAAAACACCAGUCAAGAACGACCAUCAUCACCAAGAAACCUAUCCAAUCUAAGACAUGUACACAUUCAGUAUACACAAAGUCGAGGAAUUAAAGACUAUAUUCUACCAUCUAGAAUAUCUAAAUUGUCAGCCUCAAAGAUGAGCACAUGUUACGAAGACAAAUAUAGUAGAUUUUUCGAGAAUAAUCCACAUAUUACAAGUAUCAUAGUGGAUUGUGAUUUUCAAACGAUUGGAAUCAUUUCCACACUUCUCAAACAAUCAAGGUUGUCAAGAAUAGUGGUUUAUUCUGAUUAUGCUUUAACAGUCCAACAUCAACAACUCAUACAAUCAAACGUAUACUUUAAUUCAUCAAAGGAUAUGAGCUUCAGACAUUCGAAUAGAAAAUAUAUAUUCUAUAGAAAUGAUAAACAUAAUAAUCAAAUCAUUAAUAAUAAUAAUAAUAAUAUAAAUAAUAAUAAUAAUAAUUAUACGACAACAAUUUUAUUACCAACACUACCAAACAAUAUUAUUUACAAAAUCAUCCAAUUAUUAUGGAAUGGUAUGAACGAAUGUAAUUGUGAUGAUUCAUUUGCAAAAUUAUAUUCAAAGACAAUGACUCAUAGAGACUGUCUACUUUUAAAAUCAAAUCAAGAUUUUGAAAGCAUUCAAUCAAAUUGUCCUCAUCAUGGUUGGGUUGAUAGAUCAUCUCUAUACCUACCAGUAUUUCAAAAUAUAUCUACUUUUACACAAAAAAGUAUCUAUCAAUUAAGAUUAUCAAAGUUUUCAACCAUCUCCAAGACAACUCGAUCAUUUAUAUUUGAAAAGUUAUUUACAAAGUUUGGUCAAUCAAAUAUUGGAAAUAUAUCAAAAACCAUUUAUCAAAACAAUUAA